AUAAAAUCACAGAAUGGGUGACCGUUACAAUAUCCACAGUCAAUUGGAACACCUCCAGUCAAAGUACAUAGGGACUGGCCAUGCGGAUACCACCAAAUUUGAAUGGUUGGUAAACCAGCAUAGAGACAGCUAUUCCAGCUACUUGGGACAUGCAGAUCUGCUCAGCUAUUUUGCGUUAUCCGAGAACGAAUCCAAGGCCCGAGUGCGGUUCAACUUAAUGGAGAAAAUGCUGCAACCGUGCGGCCCCCCACCCGACAAACCCGAAGACUAAACGCCACAGUUUAAGUGAUACUAAUCCUAAGGUAAUGGCAAAUAGUUUAUUUGCAUAAAACCUUCUUAACACACUUGUUCAAGUACCAACAACUAAGUUCAAUAAACAUAAAGGCUGUAUGCA